AUGAAGGACUGCCUUGGCUUGAGCGGGCAGCUGACCCCAGGGGCUUCUCAGUACGAAUCCAAGAGUCGUGUGUCAGCAGAGGCGGCCCUGAGGCACCCCUACUUCCGGUCUCUGGGGGAGCGUGUGCACCAGCUUGAAGACACUGCUUCCAUCUUCUCCCUGAAGGAGAUCCAGCUCCAGAAGGACCCAGGCUACCGGGGCCUGGCCUUUCAGCAGCCAGGGCGAGGGAAGAGCCGGCGGCAGAGCAUCUUCUGAGCUAUGCCCACCCUGCUGUGGCGCAAGGGACGAGAGGUCACACUGAGCACAAUUGCGGCAGGAUGGGGCCUGUGUGGCCUCGGAGGACUGAGGAGUGAGGGCUAACGGCCGG